AUGGAGGAAUUUAGAAGACGCAAUACUGGUAUACCACGAAACUACGAGAAACUCCCCUCAAAAGAUCAAAAUGAAAAUGGCGAAAACAAUAAGACGUAUAAGGCUAUGGCAUAUAAACCUACUCGUCCAGGAAUUAACAAGUAUAUAGAUCUUUUACGAGAACAUCAAGAUAUUACUAUUCCAAUUUUCUUUACUUUGCUUUCCUUUUGGACGCGGUUUUAUUUAAUUUCUUAUUCCAAUAUCGUUGUAUGGGAUGAGUUUGCAUCGCAUUAUAUCAAGCGGGAAUUUUAUUUUGAUGUACAUCCACCGCUUGGGAAAAUGCUUGUCGGGUUAGCAGGACUACUUGCCGGCUAUGACGGUUCAUUUGAAUUCAAGUCCGGUGAGGUUUAUCCUGAUAAUGUAAACUAUACAUGGAUGCGAAUAUUCCUAUCCUCGUUUGGAGCAUGGAUGGUUCCAUUGGCGUAUUUCACCGCGAUUGAAUUAGAUUACUCGCAACAGUCAGCAAUUCUUGUAACCUUAUUCGUUUUAUUAGACACGGCAUAUAUAUGUAUUAGUCGAUUCAUACUACUCGAUUCCAUGCUUUUGUUGUUUACUUUCACUACCGUUUUUUGUUUGACAAAAUUUCAUAACGAGCGUAAGAAUCCAUUCUCGGUAGAUUGGUGGAUUUGGCUUACAUUAACAGGAACCUCGAUUGGAUGCGUCUCAAGUGUUAAAUGGGUGGGAUUGUUUGCUACUGCUUUGGUCGGUUUAUAUACGAUAGAAGAUCUAUGGAAUAAGUUUGGUGAUUUAAGUAUGCCAAAGAUUGUUUGCUGUCAACAUUGGCUUGCGAGAAUUGGAUGCCUUAUCAUCUUACCGAUUACUGUUUACAUGCUUACUUUCGUGAUCCAUUUUGCAAUUUUAAUUCAUAGCGGACCCGGUGACGCCCAAAUGAGUUCAUUAUUUCAAGCCAGUCUGAUUGGAAAUGAUUUUGAUCAGAAUCCUCUCGAAUUGGCUUAUGGAUCAAAGAUUACACUCAAAAAUAUGGGAUACGGUGGCGGACUUUUACAUUCUCACGUACAAACUUAUCCUUCUGGAUCCGAACAACAACAGGUUACGUGCUACCAUCAUAAAGACAGCAAUAACGAUUGGAUUGUGAAAAAGCCUCGAGAAGUUGCUUGGUCAGAAGACGACGAAAUAGAAUUCGUAAAGAAUGGAGAUUCAAUCCGGUUAUUUCACGCAUCAACCGGUCGUAAUCUUCAUAGUCAUAUGAUUGCAGCACCUGUCACCACUUCCCUAUGGGAAGUGAGUUGUUAUGGUAACGAGACGAUUGGUGAUCAGAAUGACUAUUGGGUGAUUGAAGUCGUUGAUGAUUUAUACGAAAAAGAUUUACAAACUGUCAGAUCCUUGACUACGCGUAUACGCUUUCGACAUAUAAAUAUUGGUUGCUAUCUGCGUGCGGAUAAUGCUGUUUUACCGCAGUGGGGAUUUAAACAGAUUGAGGUCACUUGCGAUAAAUCAAAUAAUACAAAAGAUGCUUAUACUCAUUGGAAUAUAGAACGUCAUUGGAAUGAUAAACUUCCACCUGGUCCGAAAGCAAAAUACAGAUCAAAAUUUAUUCAUGAUUUUUGGCAUUUAAAUGUUGCCAUGUACACGUCCAAUAAUGCACUUGUUCCUGAUCCUGAUAAAGAGGAUAUUCUCGCGUCUACACCAGAUCAAUGGCCACUCUUGAAAGUUGGUCUGAGAAUGUGUAGUUGGGCUGAUGAUGUGGUUAAAUUUUAUUUAUUGGGUAAUCCGGUUGUCUGGUGGUCCGGCUCGCUCUCAUUGGUCAUCUAUUUGAUAAGCUUAACGUGGUAUUUAAUAAGACAACAAAGGAAAUACAUUGAUUUUCCGAGUAAUGCACAAUGGGAUCAUUUUUUAUAUAUCGGAAAAGUUUGCGGAAUUGGCUGGUUAUUGCAUUAUCUACCAUUCUGUAUAAUGGGACGUGUAACUUAUCUUCAUCAUUAUUUCCCAGCUUUAUAUUUCUCUAUUCUUAUGGUCGGAUUUCUGUUUGAUCAUUUCACCGUAUAUCUCGCUGGUAAAACACGACAUAUUGUAUUCGGAACAUGUUAUUUUCUUGUGUUUGCCGUGUUUUGGUUCUUUAAGGAUAUCGCCUUUGGAAUGGAUUAUCCUGCUAUCGAAAUAUCAAAUCGAAAGUGGCUAAGCACAUGGAAUAUCGUAGAUUAA